AUGUACAUAGUUGCAAGGGCGGUAGCGCAGUGUAUUGUGGCGACCUUUUUUGGUGACGUUCGAGCGGUGGGUCUGGAACGUAUUCCGGUGGAAGGUCCGGUAAUCUUUGUGGGCAAUCACAACAACAAGUUUGUUGAUGCAUCUGUGGUGAUGGCAUGUGUUCCAAGGUCGUUACGGUUUCUGAUCGCGACCGUCUCUCUUUCGGUUCGGGUUGUUGGUCGCCUCGCCAAGUUUGCAGGCGCCAUUGGAGUUAGCCGGCCGCAGGAUAUGAAGUUUGUGGGAAUGGGAAGGAUCAUGGCCCUCGUGGCAGACGGGGAGCUGGACGAUCUCUACGACCGUGCCACGACCGCUAGCGAGAACAACUGUGGUGAAAACGGUCGAGAGACCCAGUCUGGUGAGACCCAGUCUGGUGAGAACAAGUCUGGUGAGAACCAGUCUGGUGAGAACCAGUCUGGUGAGACCCAGCCUGGUGAGACCCAGUCUGGUGAGACCCAGUCUGGUGAGACCCAGUCUGGUGGGACUCAGGAGACGCCAUCGAGGGAGAUGCAGUAUACCAUGUAUGGGAACAAUCAAACCAGGUUUCGAAUUGACUGUAAGAAGCACGACCGGGUGCUACUGGACGGCACGAUGUUUUCGGUCGUGGAGGUGCGUAACGACCACGAGCUGAUAGUUACAAGUAGGGAUGUGGUGGUUUCCUCGGCUCUGUUGAAGAAUUCGGCCGGUACGUUCGUGGCAGCGGUGUCUGGAGACUUGAUAAAAGAGGAGGUUAGCGGCGAGCUUGGGCGCGUAGGAGCGACUUUUACGGUUUUCCCUAAGGUGGAUCAGGGAGAUGUGUAUGAGUCAGUUUCCCAGGCGUUGUAUGAGGGGAGCAGCAUUUGUGUAUUUCCUGAAGGCGGUAGUCACGACCGACCAGAGCUGUUGCCAUUAAAGCCAGGUGUGGCGAUAAUGGCUCUGAAUAGUGCCCUAAUGGGAGUGGAAGAUCUAUUAAUCAUACCCCUAGGGAUCCAUUACUUUGAUAGACAUAAAUUUGGUAGUAGAACCAUUGUGCAAGUUGGUCAGCCAAUCCCGAUACGGGAAGAGUUGAUGAGAAUGUAUUCGGGUCAGGGUAGCAAACGAGAGGCCAUUCGUCUUCUUAUGGAAGAUGUGAAGGAUGGAAUGGAAGACUGUCUGGUCUAUGCGAAUAGUUAUGAUAAAUUAAAAGUUAUAUCUCUAUGUUCUUCACUCUAUCUUCCAGACCAUUUGGCGGUGCAGGCUGAGAAGCGUCAUAGACUACAAACUAUCUUUACUCAGCUUGUUAAUGCUGCGGAUAUUCUGGCACAGGCAGAGGCUGUUAGUGGUUUGGAAGGAUCGUUCAAUCUGAAAGAAUUGGAGGAUACUGUUCAGGCCUAUGAUCAUUUGUUAGAAGCGAAUGGAUUAAAUGAUGUAGAUGUUACCAGUAUGCACCUGAAUGCGGAGAAUGCUGCUUUCAAGUUGGUACAAUUAUUAAUCCCAAUACUAUUACUCAGCGUUGUUGUAGUCCCUGCAAUUAUGGCCACAGCACCGUUAAAAUAUAUUUUCCGUUUAAUGACGGAAAAACAUCGCUCUGAAGCACUAGCCAAAAGUAAUGUCAAGUUGACAGCAGUGGAUGUCAUAGCCAGCUACAAAAUUGUAUGGUGGAUCUGCUUCAUGCCUAUAGUCUUCAUCUUGAUCGGUUCAAUCUGUUCCACUUGGGUUGUUGUAAAUCGUGAACUCCUGUUUACAACCGGCAGUCGUUUCCUCCGUAUGGAUCUUCCACGUCUGUGGAUCUUCACAUUCUCUCUAUUACUCCUGACCCAACCUAUAGCUACAUACUUGGGUCUUACCUUUCAAAAUAAACUUAUACCAUACCUAAAACAAAUGCGAUGCUACUACCAAGUAUUAAUCAGUGAACUUGAUGUAUGGCGAGGUGGAGAACGCGAAGUUAUUAUCGAUCGCAUAGAUGUCCAACUUAAAGUUAGGGAGUAUGUCAAACACAUUUUAAGUAUCAAACACUUUCUACAAGCCAACAAUAAAAGAGCGAAGAAAUUACAAGACACUCUUAACGACCUGGAAAAGCUCAUACCACUUGUCAUCAUAGAUAAUGACACCAGACGACUCACUAGGCAGAAACGAAAAAUCAUGCCCGUAGUAUACAGGUCAGCCGUCAUGAGCAGGGAAGAAAUACUCUAA